CGGUCACACGACUGCAUAAUUGUGCUCGCUCGCCGGGCCCCGGGACGUGACACAUCGCACGGCCGAAGCAGCUUGCCGGCUGCCGCGUUUCGCCUCCCGCCUGCCGUGCCGCCCGUGACCGCGAGAAGGCCGGCAGCUUUGCAUGAGGAGGAGGAGGAUGGGGGCACUGCACGUCGUCGGCGAGCCCAGGAUCAGCUUCCGCCAGCAGCCUGCAGCAGUCGUCGCGAAGAACGGCGGCCACGGCGCCGUCGUCGAGGAGAUCCACGGCCUGAUCCGCGUCUACAAGGACGGACACGUGGAGCGGCUCCCGGCGAUCCCAGCCGUGCCCUGCACGUGGGGCGGCACGGCCCCGGACGCGCCGGGCGGCGUCGUCGCGAGGGACGUGGUGGUGGACCCCGCGACGGGGGUGUGGGCGCGGCUGUACGCGCCGACGUCGGCGGGGGACGGAGCCAGGCGCCCCGUCGUGGUGUACUUCCACGGCGGCGGGUUCUGCGUCGGGUCCGCGGCCUGGAGCUGCUACCACGAGUUCCUCGCCCAGCUCGCGGCGCGCGCGGGCUGCGCCGUGAUGUCCGUGGACUACCGGCUGGCGCCCGAGCACCGCCUGCCGGCCGCGUUCGACGACGGGCUGGCCGCGGUGCGGUGGCUGCGGCACCAGGCCGCAGCGUCAGCGUCAGCGUCAGCGUGCUGCAACGACGACCUGUCGUGGUGGCGGGCCCGCUGCGGCUUUGACCGCGUGUUCCUCAUGGGCGACAGCGCGGGCGCCAGCAUCGCCUUGCACGUGGCCGCGAGGCUCGGGCAGGGCCAGCUUGGCGCGCUGCCCCCCUUGACCGUCAGGGGCGCCGUCCUGAUCCAGCCAUUCCUGGGCGGCGAGGGGCGUACCGCGUCCGAGAAGAACGUGGCGCAGCCGCCACGGUCGGCGCUGACGCUGGCCACCUCCGACUGCUACUGGCGGCUGGCGCUGCCGGCCGGAGCCAGCCGCGAGCACCCCUGGUGCAACCCGCUGUCGGGCCGCGCCGCGCCGCGCCUGGAGACCACUCCGCUGCCCCCGCUCCUGGUGUGCGUCUCGGAGACGGACAUCCUGCGGGACCGCAACCUGGAGCUGUGCAGGGCGUUGCGCGAGGCGGGCAAGCGCGUGGAGCAGGCCGUGUACGGCGGCGUCGGGCACGCGUUCCAGGUGCUCCACAACUGCCACCUGUCCCAGCCGCGGACGCAGGAGAUGCUCGCGCACAUCAAGGCCUUCGUCAGCGCCAGGUAGCAGGCGCCGCAGCAGCAGCCGCCUCCUCCAUUCGUCGUUGGUCCCUAACAAACAGACACUCGCCAUGUUAAUUAAUCCACUACCUAAUCCUAAUCCAAUCGAAGAGUAGAUGCCGUGUAAGCAACCAGAACCAGCCUUGUGCAGUACUGUAUCAGUAGUGUGUGACUUGGAGCAGAAAGCGUCCAAUGCCC